AUGGCGGAAUGCCCUGGUCAUUUUGCGUACAUGGAUCUUGCAAAACCCGUGUUCCAUAUUGGCUUCUUGACCAAAGUAAAGAAGAUCUUGGAAUGUGUCUGCUUUCACUGCUCGAAACUGAAAGUGGAUGAUUCCAACCCAAGAUUUGUCAGAGCACGCAAACUGCGAGAUCCAAAAGCGCGUCUACGUGCGGUUUGGGAAUUAGCAAAGGCAAAGAUGGUUUGCGAAGGCGGUGAUGAAAAUGAAGAUGGUCUCGAAGAGCGACCCACCGACAGUGAGGGCAACCGCAAGCACGCUCAUGGUGGCUGUGGUCACAAGCAACCAACCAUUCGCAAAGAAGGUUUGAAGCUUUAUGCGCAGACCAAAGGCGGGUCCAACGAAGAUUCUGGCGUCGAGGGCCGUAUGCACCUUACCGCGAGCAAAGUCUUGCAGAUUCUUAAGAACAUCUCGGACCAAGACAUUCGUGAUAUGGGUCUGUCAGAAGAAUAUGCUCGCCCAGAGUGGAUGAUCAUCACAACCCUCCCCGUCCCACCCCCACAAGUCCGUCCCAGUAUUCAAAUGGAUGGUACCAGUCGUGGUGAAGAUGAUUUGACACACAAGUUGUCUGAUGUUCUCAAAGCCAAUGCAAAUGUUCGGAGAUGUGAAUCGGAAGGUGCUCCGGUACACGUUGUACAAGAGUUCGAACAAUUGCUGCAGUUCCAUAUCGCAACGUAUAUGGACAAUGACAUUGCUGGUCAACCACAAGCUUUACAAAAGUCUGGCAGACCUCUCAAGUCCAUCAGAGCAAGAUUGAAGGGCAAAGAAGGCCGUCUCCGUGGCAAUUUGAUGGGCAAACGUGUGGAUUUCUCUGCACGAACCGUUAUUACCGGCGAUCCCAACUUGGCAUUGGAUCAAGUCGGUGUACCACGAAGUAUUGCCCGUAACCUGACGUAUCCGGAAAUCGUUACACCAUACAACAUUGAUAAAUUACAAGCACUGGUCCGAAACGGUCCUCUGGAACAUCCUGGUGCCAAGUAUGUGAUCCGCGACAAUGGUGAACGUAUUGAUCUUCGAUACCGCAAACGCGCUGGCGAAAUACCCCUUCAGUAUGGCUACAAGGUCGAGCGUCAUAUCAACGACGACGAUGUGGUCAUCUUUAACCGUCAGCCAUCGCUCCACAAAAUGUCCAUGAUGGGCCAUCGAGUGCGCGUCAUGCCCUAUUCGACUUUCCGUCUCAACUUAUCAGUAACGUCGCCAUACAACGCCGAUUUCGACGGUGAUGAAAUGAAUUUGCACGUACCGCAGUCGCUUGAAACACGUGCCGAGGUGACUGAGAUUUGUAUGGUUCCCAAACAGAUUGUCUCGCCGCAGUCCAACAAACCCGUCAUGGGUAUUGUCCAAGAUACGCUCUGUGGUAUCCGCAAGUUUACGUUGCGCGACAGCUUCCUUUCAAAGGAUUUGGUGAUGAAUAUCGUCAUGUGGGUACCCGACUGGGACGGUUACAUUCCACCACCGGCCAUCAUCAAGCCCAAGCCCAUGUGGACCGGCAAACAAAUUCUUGCCAUGGUGAUUCCCAAGGGUAUCAAUUGUCAAACAUUCCAUUCGACCCAUCCGGACCGAGAAAAGACGUACAUAUCUCCUGGUGAUACGCGGGUCAUUAUCGAGAACGGCGAGUUGAUUUGCGGUAUUGUGUGUAAGAAGACAGUCGGUACCGCCAGUGGUGGCUUGAUCCACACGAUCGUCAACGAAAUCGGCUCUGAAGCUGCAAAGAACUUUUUGACCGGUGCACAGCAGGUUGUCAACUACUGGCUCUUACAAAACGGUUUCAGUAUUGGUAUUGGUGAUACCAUCGCAGAUCGCGCGACAAUGGCAACAAUCACAAAUAUCAUUGCUCAGGCCAAGCAGCGGGUGCAGGAAAUCAUCAACACUGCCCAACGCGACGAGCUUGAAGUUCAGCCGGGUAUGACUCUACGUGAAUCUUUCGAGGCAAAGGUCAACCAAACCCUUAACAAGGCUCGUGAUGACGCUGGUAAAAUGGCUCAGGAGAAUUUGAAGAUCGACAACAACGUCAAGCAGAUGGUCAUUGCCGGUUCCAAAGGUUCCUUUAUCAAUAUCUCGCAGAUGUCUGCUUGUGUCGGUCAGCAGAACGUUGAAGGCAAACGUAUCCCAUACGGCUUCAAAUACCGUACGCUGCCCCAUUUCUCAAAGGAUGAUCACAGUCCAGAAAGUCGUGGCUUUGUCGAAAACUCGUACUUGCGUGGUUUGACUCCUACAGAAUUCUUCUUCCACGCCAUGGGUGGUCGUGAAGGUUUGAUUGAUACUGCCGUCAAGACUGCAGAAACCGGUUAUAUCCAGCGUCGUCUUGUGAAAGCUUUGGAGGACGUAAUGGUCAAAUAUGACGGCACUGUGCGAAAUUCUUUGGGCGAUAUCAUCGAAAUGGUAUAUGGUGAAGAUGGCUUGGAUGGCUGCUAUGUCGAAAAGCAAAAGCUCAACUCGUUGCGCUGCUCCGAAGAGGAGUUCGACAAGCAAUACCGAGUGGAUCUAUCGGGAGGCGGCUUCCGACAAGGCACGCUCAACUACAAUGUUCUUCAGGCCAUUGAAGGUGGCAACAUUCAGCGCGAGCUCAACCACGAGUACGCUCGACUGUCAGAAGAUCGACAAAUCUUGCGCACAUUUGUCUUCAAGAACGGUGAAGACAAGUGGCCUUUGCCAGUCAAUCUCCAGCGUCUUAUCACCAAUGCGCAGCAAAUCUUCCACAUCGAUCCUCGCAAACCCUCAGACAUCCAUCCACUUCAGGUCAUGGACGGCAUUUCAUCGCUCGCUGAUCGUCUUUUGGUUGUCCGCGGUCAGGAUAAGAUCUCGGCCGAAGCACAAAGAAAUGCAACGACUCUCUUCCAAACGCUUCUUCGAUCUACAUUCGCUGUCAAGCGGGUUGUUGAAGAAUAUCACUUGACAUCUCAAGCAUUCGAAUGGGUUCUCGGAGAAGUCGAAUCGCGCUUCCAGACGGCAAUCGUUGCACCGGGCGAAAUGUGUGGCACGAUUGCUGCCCAAUCCAUUGGCGAACCUGCUACA